CUCUCCACUCGAGCUGCAGGCGCACAGCGCUUAUAAGUAGAGCAACGCAAUAAGCCCUGGCCGCAGUCAAGUGGGAAAAGGACACAAUGAAAACGUGUGUGCUUUUAUUGUCCACCUUGCUCUUCGGAUCUUGCGCGGCUACGAGCUACUCGCCGGAAGAUGACAGAUGCCUCACAAGCACACUGAUAUUGCCAGCAGGGUACUGCUAUCGAUCGCAGUGGCAGUAUAAUCCCUUUUAUAAGCAGUGUGUGUCAACUUGCAACCCGUGGGCCCCCUUUCGUAAUAAGCAAGAAUGUGACGGAUACUGCCGCACUAUUGAAGUGUGCAAAGCUCCCUCCCCGGUUUCUAAGUGCGACUUUGGUUCUUAUCCUGUGUAUUAUUACAACCCAAGAACUAAGAGCUGUCACCAAAAAUCGGACUGCACGUACUAUGGAAACAACUUUCCCACAUUGCGUGACUGCCAAGAGACAUGCAUGAGACAUCAGCCAUCGGGACCGACCGUCGACCCAUGCAGUGUGUUGCCCAGCGAAGGUUACUACUGCAAGAAGAACUACGGCUCAUUCCGAUUCCUGUACGAUUCCAACACCAAAACGUGCCAGCUCUUCUGGUACAGGGGCUGCGGAGGAACUGAGAACAACUUCCGCUCAUAUUACACGUGCCUCGAUCGCUGCACGUCAAAGUACCUCGCCGAAAAUGCGGGCAAGUUCUAAAAAAAUGGGAGACCGAAAUCAGAGGCAAGCCAAACAUAAAGCCAGCGUAGUAAUUGAGUUAUGAAUCCCAACAAUGGCAUAUCAGGCACUGCAACCAAACUUCGGACACUAGUGGCGAAAUCUUCAACUAUCCUGCAAGCCUUAAGCUAGGGGGAUUCACACACUAGAAGAAAUAAAAAUUGCCUCUCAAUUAAUAA